AUGAAAGCCCUCAUCUUUGCAGCUGCGGGACUCCUGCUUCUGUCGCCCACUUCUUGUCAAAGUGGCAUGGAGAAUGAUGCAGACAACUUGGCAGAGCCAGCCUUUCCCAUUAAGACCUAUCAUGGAGCUCCCCCAAAUUCUUUUGAAGAGUUCCCUCUUUCUUCCAUAGAAGGCUGGACAGGAGCCACAACUACAAAAGUUAAGUGCCCUCAAGAAAGUGUUUCAAAUCUCCACGUGAAUAAUGUUACCAUGGGGUACCUAAGCAGCUCCUUAAGUACCAAACUGAUACCCGCAAUCUACAUCCUGGUGUUUGUAGUUGGGGUGCCAGCCAACACCAUGACCCUGUGGAUGCUCUUCUUCAGGACCAGAUCCAUCUGCAUGACUGUCUUCUACACCAACCUGGCCAUGGCGGAUUUUCUUUUUUGUGUCACACUGCCUUUUAAGAUAGCUUACCAUCUCAAUGGGAACAACUGGAUAUUUGGAGAAGUCAUGUGCCGGGCCACCACGGUCAUCUUCUAUGGCAACAUGUACUGCUCCAUUCUGCUCCUUGCCUGCAUCAGCAUCAGCCGCUACCUGGCCAUCGUCCACCCUUUCACUUACCGGGGGCUACCCAAGCGCACCUAUGCCUUGCUAACAUGUGGACUGGUGUGGGCAAUGGUUUUCUUAUACAUGCUGCCAUUUUCCAUCCUGAAGCAGGAGUAUUAUCUUGUCCAGCCAAAUAUCACCACCUGCCAUGAUGUCCACAACACAUGCGAGUCCUCAGCUCCCUUUCAACUCUACUACUUCAUCUCCUUGGCACUCCUUGGAUUCUUAAUCCCAUUUGUGGUCAUCAUCUACUGCUACACAGCCAUCAUCCGGACACUUAAUGCAUACGAUCAUAGAUGGCUGUGGUAUGUGAAGGCGAGUCUCCUCAUCCUUGUGAUUUUUACCAUUUGCUUUGCUCCAAGCAAUAUUAUACUUAUUGUUCACCAUGCUGACUACUACUACAACAACACUAAUGGCUUAUACUUUGUCUAUCUCAUAGCUUUGUGCCUGGGCAGCCUGAAUAGUUGCCUAGAUCCAUUCCUUUAUUUUCUCAUGUCAAAAAUCAGAGAUCACUCCACUGCUUACCUUACAAUGGUGAAAUCAUCUUAG